AUGACGCAACAAUUGCCGUCUAAUAGAAGUGAACGUUUUGUUAACAGUGGUAUUAAAGAGCUUCAAGAAGCAAAUCGCAAUCCUAUAUAUGGCUAUCAACAUUUACCUGUUUUACCAUUAGAGGAAACUCUGCAAAGCGUGGUAACACUUAUUCCUGGACUCAUGGUUUACAUUGCUCUUGCUAAAGAGAAUUGUUAUCAGCAACAAACCACUUUGACAUUGGAUGAAUCAGCAGCAAUCUAUCUCUACACUAUGGGCACACCUUUCUAUUCCUGUCUUAAUAAAUUGUUGCGAACUGAAAAUCGAAAUAAUCUGAAACCAUGGUUUUCUUUUUUAAAACUGUUUAUAUCGGCUCUGGAUAAGUUGCCAUCGCUUGUCAUUAAUGUAUGGCGAGGUGUUGUGGGUGAUGCUGCUUCUGCAUUCAUAGGUGACAGUGAGCACACCUGGUGGAGUGUGAAUUCAUGUUCAAGAAAUCCUGAAGUUGUCAAGAUGUAUUUGGGUGAGACGAGUACUUUGUUUACAAUAGAUGCAAUUGAAGGCAAAGAUAUUACUUUAUACUCGAAUUUUUCACAAGAAGAAGAAGUUAUCUUGAAACCAGGAACCCGAUUACGUGUCAAAGUUCAGCCUCUCAACUAUUUAGACCGCCUCUUAAUUGUUCCUCUGCAAGAAAAAUAUAAAAAUAGGUAAAGUAUAAUGGUGUUUCAAUUUUUACAUAUCUAAUUAGCCCCACAAUAAGUAAAAAUUUUCAAAGCAAUACUCACCUAUUUUUCCGAAGAUGAGCCGAAGUACUUAGGGGUACCCACAAGUAGUGGCGGAGGUACAUUAUUGUCGUAUAGAAGGCUUGAGAAAAUUUUCUUUUUAUAUGAAAUGAUAGAGAAAAUAAAACUCUAUUUUUCUGUACUAUUUCAUCCCUAUUCACCUGGU